CCCGUCACUUUCACUUUCCGCGCAAUCAUGGACGAAGACGCAUUAGAUGCACUUUUCAACUCUCCCGCAGGCAGCCAACCGCCCUCACCUUCAGUACCCUUCCAUCUACAGCCAUUCACCCCUCAACCUUCCCACGAUGAACAGACUUUGCACGGUGCGCAGUCUGCGGAAAUGGAAGAAUUUCGAGCGAAGCUUUCUAGCGACAACUGGCACUGAAUUCAGUUUCAACAAUCAACAAACCGGGGAGACUACCUCAGAAGAUACGGCCGAAGGCUCUCAGGAUGCUAGAUCGGUCAAUGGACAGCCCGAGCAGAGCACGCCAGGCGCGACGGAGAGUAGCAAUUUGAAUGAGGAAGACCGUUCAGUUCCGUCGGAUGAGUUUUUCGAAUCUGCAGCUGAAGGAGUAAGAAUCGACAUCAAUGCAUUUACUGAAGAAUGAUUUUGAUAGUUAUCGGAGAUCGGAAGGAUUGACCUUCUACUAUAGGGUUCGAUGCGUUCUCCGUAGAAUGUUAGAAUUCCGUGUUUGGAUCAAUCGGCAAGUACCAGCGCGAGACGAAUGGAUUUAGGGCGUUGGCCCGUGGAUAGUGUGG